UCAAAAUUUGACGUUUCCAAAUCAGACGUGUGGUUGUUUUUUUUUCUUUUCUGUAGGUCUAUAAUUUCAAUUAGGAACGAGUGCUUGCAAAUUUUCCUUGGGAGGAUAAGUAACACAUCGACUGGGAUUAUAUAUUCCAAUAAAAAACUACGAAGUAACUAAAGAUGGCCUCGUUAAUAUUGCUGCGUAAUGGCCAAGUAGCAAAGCAACAGAGCAGCGCUGCAUUGAGUGUGCUUUUAGUGCGUCAUGCUUCCAACUCCUCCGAUGCGCCUCGUCCACUGAAAACCACCAAUGUUAGCGCCAUGCGUCGUGGUACCGGCGGCCGUAGCAGCUUCAAUGGCAUUGUUGCAACCAUUUUUGGUUGUACUGGUUUCGUUGGACGCUAUGUUUGCAAUAAGCUUGGCAAAACUGGCACGCAAAUGAUAAUGCCAUAUCGUGGUGAUUUCGGUGAGGCUAUACGUCUCAAGGUGUGCGGCGAUUUGGGUCAAGUGCUGUUCCAAUUCUAUGAUAUAAGAGACGAAAAAGCGAUACGCGAUGCUGUGAAGUACUCGAAUGUGGUGAUCAACUUGGUUGGACGUGAAUUCGAGACUAAAAACUUUAACUUCAAUGAUGUGCAUGUGGAAGGCGCACGCCGCAUUGCUAGAAUCAGCAAGGAAGCCGGUGUGGAACGUUUGAUUCACUUGUCUGCUUUGAAUGCUAGUCCCGAACCAAUGAGUUUUGUGCUUGAGGGUGGCAGCAACUUCUUGAAGAGUAAAUACUACGGUGAAUGCGCUGUACGCGAUGAAUUCCCUGAGGCAACCAUUAUUAGGCCUGCUGAUAUCUAUGGUUCGGAGGAUCGUUUCCUACGUUACUACGCACACAUUUGGCGUCGCCAGUUCCGUGCCAUGCCACUGUGGUUUGCCGGUGAACGUACCGUUAAACAACCCGUUUAUGUUUCAGAUGUUGCACAAGCUAUUGUGAAUUGCGCUAAGGACCCCGAUACUGCUGGUCAGGUUUAUCAAGCUGUUGGACCCAAACGUUACCAGUUGAGCGAAUUGGUUGACUGGUUCCAUCGCGUUAUGCGCAAAGAUGAGAAAUGGUGGGGCUACCGUCGUUACGACAUGCGUUGGGACCCAACCUUCCUCUGGAAAGCCAAAUUCACUGAGCUCAUCUGUCCUGGCCAACCUAUUGGCGAGCUACAUGUGGAACGUAUCGAACGCGAAUGCAUUACCGAUGUCGUACGCUCAGACAUACCAUGUUUGGAAGAUUUAGGUGUGCAAUUGACCUCCAUGGAAGAGCAAGUACCAUGGGAAUUGCGACCAUAUCGCGCAGCGCAAUAUUAUGAUGCCGAAUUGGGCGAAUGGGAGGAGCCAGCUCCACCAAAACCCAUAGAACAUCGGGAAGAAUUACGUAUGUUUGCAUAAAACUACGAUAAUGGCAACAACGCUAACAACAACAACAGCUACGCUUAUGAUAGACAACAUGGAAGUUGGUGGCGUUGGUGGCCAGUCAGCAAUUUGAAAAAGAAACAUUUACAUGUACGGGAGUUACUGUUUGUUGUACUUGUUGUGCGUUCUUUGUGGUAUGGCGUUACAUCUAGUGAAUUAUGGUCGAUUAUAAAUGAUUUUGGUGUAGAAGUUGAUAAUGAAACUUUAAACAACAAAUAAAAGAAUUUGGUUUGAAAUGACCGCUGUUAAAAAUCUGAAAA